CAUUAUUUCUAUAAUUCUAUCUCAUUCACAUACCUUCAAAGAAAUUAUAAUAAAAAAAAUAUUCUUGGAAUCUUCUUUUCCAGCCAAUUAAUUGCCCCUUUUCUGAUUCUUUCUUCAAACCCAUCUCUCUUCAGAAAGUUUUUAAUUGAUCUUUUCCUUUAAUCCAAUAAAUUUUCUUUUUCUGAUUCUCUGUGUAUUUCAGUGUUUGUGUGUGAGAGAGAAACCCAUAAUCUGCUUGUAGUGAGAAACCAAUCCUUCCAUUAAAUAUGUGUGUGCAAGACCUAGAAAAAGUUUGUGAAGAAAUAGACCAUUUGUGUCUCUCAACAGACAAUAAUAAUAACAACAAUAUUCAUAAUCAUACCACUCAGGUUGCUGCAAAUCAGAUCAAUCUUUCCACUUCUUUCCCUAUGGAGAGCAUAUGUGAAAAUACAGUUGUUUCAGAAGAAAAAUAUAACAACUUCAUCCCGAUCCUUCGGUCUGGAGAAUGGUCUGAUAUUGGACAGAGACCAUACAUGGAAGACACUCACAUCUGCAUCCCAGAUCUUGCUAGAAACUUCAGUAACAAGUUACUUGGUGAAGAAGCCAUCUCAUUUUAUGGGGUGUUUGAUGGGCACGGAGGCGAAGGUGCAUCACAUUUUGUGCGUGAUAAUCUGCCAAGAAUAAUUGUAGAUGAUGAUAAUUUUCCACUGGAACUUGAAAAGGUGGUGACGAGGUCGUUUAUGGAGACAGAUGCUGCGUUUGCCAGGUCAUGUGCCGUUGAGUCUGCUCUAUCUUCUGGCACAACUGCUCUUACUGCCAUGAUUUUUGGAAGAUCACUACUUGUGGCAAAUGCCGGAGAUUGUAGGGCGGUUCUCUCACGACACGGGCUAGCUUUUGAGAUGUCAAAAGACCAUAGACCGUGCUACGACAAAGAACGCAUCCGGAUCGAAUCCUUAGGUGGGUUCGUCGAGGACGGCUACUUAAACGGUCAACUAGCCGUGACUCGAGCCAUAGGAAAUUGGCAUAUCAAAGGGCUCAAAGAAAUGGACGACCACAUCGGUCCACUGAGUGCCGAGCCAGAGCUCAAACUCACCACACUAACGAAAGAAGACGAGUUUUUGAUCAUCGGAAGCGAUGGGAUCUGGGACGUGUUUAGGAACCAAAACGCGGUGGAUUUUGUGAGGCGACGGUUGCAGGAUCAUAACGAUGUGAAAAGGUGUUGUAAGGAGAUGGUGGAGGAAGCGAUGAAGAGAGGAGCGGAUGAUAAUUUGACGGUGGUCAUUGUAUGUUUUCAGGCGGAACCGCCACCGCAAAUGGUGGUGCCGAGAGGUAGAGUGAGGCGGAGCAUUUCGGCUGAAGGGUUGCUUAAUCUUAAAUUCCAUCUUGAUGGGUAAAAAAGAUUUACUUUUUUGCUCUUUUUAUUCAACUGAUUUGGAGAUGAUGAUUAUGGUGAAAAAUUUGUAGUUGUAAAUACAUUCAUGUGAGGGAAUAAAACAAUUUUAGAGUGGAUACUUGUAUCUGUAGAGCAGGGGUAACAAUUUGUAUAUUCCUAAAACGGUUAUUUAAUCAUUUGUGAAAUACAUUUGUAAACUUUUCUUUCC